CAGGCCAGUGACGCCGCUAAGACUCCCCGCCUGGUCACCCAGCUCCAUUUCACCAGCUGGCCUGACUUUGGAGUUCCUUUCUCCCCAAUUGGAAUGCUCAAAUUUCUCAAAAAGGUCAAGUCAGUAAAUCCAGACUUCGCUGGGCCCAUUGUGGUCCACUGCAGUGCUGGUGUUGGGAGGACGGGAACCUUCAUUGUAAUAGAUGCCAUGAUUGAAAUGAUGCACGCAGAGCAGAAAAUUGACGUAUUUGGGUUUGUCUCCAAGAUACGAGAGCAGCGCUCGCAACUCAUCCAGACAGAUAUGCAGUACUCAUUCAUCUAUCAGGCCUUGCUUGAAUACUACCUCUAUGGAGACACAGAACUGGAUGUUUCUUCUCUGGAAGGUCAUCUGCAGAAACUGCACAACACCUUUAAUGAUGGUGAUCGCAUUGGCCUGGAGGAAGAGUUUAAGAAACUGACUAACAUGCGCAUAAUGAAAGAGAACAUGAGAACAGGAAACCUCCCAGCCAACAUGAAGAAGAACAGAGUUCUGCAAAUUAUUCCCUAUGACUUCAACAGAGUAAUUCUUUCCAUGAGAAGAGGUCAAGAGUACACAGACUAUGUCAAUGCGUCUUUUAUAGAUGGCUACAGACACAAGGACUACUACAUUGCCACACAGGGCCCUCUGCAGCACACAGUGGAGGAUUUUUGGAGAAUGGUGUGGGAGUGGAAAUGUCACUCCAUAGUCAUGCUCACUGAGCUCCAGGAGAGGGAGCAGGACAAAUGUUGCCAGUACUGGCCGACAGAGGACUCAGUCUCCUAUGGAGACUACACAGUAGAGCUAAAGGGAGACACCCUGUGUGAAACCUUUAGCCUACGAGACUUGGUACUCACCUUUGUUCCGGUAAGCAAAUUAAACCUGUCCUAUCAAUACAGGCAAAUGUAACACGCCUGCUCUGCAUCUUUAUCAGUUAUCGUGAAAUAAAGGCUUUUAUUGAUCCUUCAUGCAAUUCCUUUAUAUAAAAUAAUUGGUUUUUAGAAUAUGAAAAUUGAACAAGUGUCACAACACAACAUAAAAUAACUCCAUUACAACUUCUGAAUUCUUACCCAAUUA